AUGAAGCGCCUACGGCGGCAAUGGCGGGCAGAUUUAGCACCUGUGGGUGACGAGGCGCAGCUCGCGCCAUCCUCCGCUUCCGCCCCGUUCUCCGCCCCCGCCCCCAGCUCUCAACCCGCGCCCUUCUCUCCGCGCGCCAAGGGCCUUCUGUUGCACGCUGCGCCGGGCGCGGACUUGGGGCGGCCCGCGGGCAUCCACCCUCUGCGCGGGCAGCCCGCGUGGGACGAGGAGGAGGAGGAGGGGGGGGGGACAGGGGGGGGCUCGGGAAGCGGCGCUGGCGGAAGCGGCGGCACUGUCGCCUCGAGCGCGAUGGGAGAGGGCGGCGGGGGAUUGGGCGGCGGCGGGAGCGGCGCGUUUCCGGUGCACGGGGAGCUGACGAUCUCGUCCGCCGCGACCGCGUCGUCUUCGCGCGCGUUUCAGCGCGCGUGCCAGUCGCUGACGCCCGACGCGGCGUGGAUCUGCUACAAGGGCGGAGAAGUGCUGGCGCAGCCGAAUCUCGCGCUGUACCUCGUGUGGUACGGCGACUGGGACAACGACCGCAAUGGCGGCGACAGCGGGCGGAAAUACAUCCGCCAUUUCAUCAACAACCUCGGGAUGCCCGGAUUGGAGGGUCUCCCGUCGCCCAACAGUUGGUGGCAGAUCGUGCGCCAAUACGCGGACCGCGCGGGCGUGAAACCCGGCGCGCAAGUGACUAUAAAGGGCGAGCACGAGAACACGCAGUACUCGCAGGGGCGGCACCUGGGCGCCGACACGUCGAGCGUCUUUAAUAUCGUCAUCGACGCUAUUAACGCCGGCGCGCUGCCGUUCGAUCCCGCGGGCGCUUACGUCGUGCUGACGUCGGAUGACGUCACGCUGGCGAGCGCGGACCAAUCGCAGUCGUUCUGCGGGGUGAAGGGCAAGGGGUACUGCGGAUGGCACCACCAGUCAGGCGUCAUGCUCGGGCCCAACGACAGCUACCCCCUCACCUUCACGCACGUCGGCAACGCGGCAACCCAGUGUGCGGCGGGGUGCAUAGGCGGCUUCGGCACGUACAAGCUGCCCAACAGCGGGUACUGGGGCGUGGACGGCAUCGUCUCCAUCCUCGCCCACGAGCUCGCUGAGCUCGUCACCAACCCUGAUGGGAAGUCAGGGUGGACGGGCAACAACGGGGAGAUCGGCGACAUGUGCUCGUUUGACUUUGGCGCUGUCACGGUGGGCGUGGACGCGGGAGGGCAGUCGUUCGGGUACAACAUGGCUGCUGCUGACGGCUCUGUAUUCCUCAUCCAACGCCUCUGGAACGCCUUCGCUCCCAUCGUGCCCUACCCUCCUUGCUUCCAUGCCCCUUCCUAA